AUGGGGGCAAACAAACACGAAUACUACAACUGGUUCAGCAUCUUGCUUCAAGAGUUUUCGUUUGAGGCCGACGAGGACAUUCUCUAUGCAAUCGUAGAGUUCUCCAAGUUCCAGGUGGCCGGCUGGGAUGUCCCUGCGCUGAGCGUCGAUCAAGUCUUUGACACCACGCUCGAGCUCCCCAAAUCCACGCUUGCGGACGACGAUACAAGAAUGUACUUUGAGAAGUUUUUGCUGCAGCCGAUCAAAAUCAAUAUUUCGUUCUCACGCACCCAGGCGGUCAACCGCGAGGAGCCUGUAAUCAAGUCUGGAGGCGUGCUUACCUUUAUGAUCGAUGUUCUGACGACCUAUAUCGCCAACUGGCAUGACGCUCCUUGGCAAUUCAAUGCCCUGGAGCUAUCCCACCCGAUCGUGACGCCCUCCCAGCUUGUCGACCUGAUCGUCCGCUUCUAUACCGAGGAGGCUGUUGGGCAGCUCUGGCGAACCGCGCUGGGCUCGGCAGAUUUCCUUGGAAACCCGAUCGGCCUGUUCAACAAUGUGAGUUCGGGCGUCUCGGACAUGUUCUACGAGCCGCUGCAGGGCUUUGAAAUCACUCGACCACAGGACCUCGGAAUCAACUUUGCAAAGGGCACCGCAAGCUUAGUCAAGAAGACCGUGUAUGGUCUCUCAGAUACCGUAUCCAGAGUUACUGGAAGUGUCAGCAAGGGCAUUGCCAGGAUCACUCUUGAUGAAGAGUUCCAAGCUCGUCGUCGAAUCCAUCACGCCAGAAAUCGACCCAAGCAUGCCGUCAGCGGCAUUUCAACGGGUGCUUUGUCGCUGGCGUCAAGCGUCGUCAGCGGCGUGACAGGUGUCGUGUCCAAGCCUCUCGAAGGGGCCGAGAAGAGCGGUGUCGGUGGUUUUUUCAUGGGGCUCGGUGUUGGUCUCGUGGGUGUUGUAACCAAGCCGGUGGUUGGAGCAUUUGAUCUCCUCAGUGAUGUUAGCCAAGGCAUCAAGAACACGGCCACUUCCGAAACAGAACUGGAGCGCCAGAGGCUGCCGCGACUUAUUGGCAAAGACAGAAUCCUGAAGCCCUACGAUCCACGCGAAAGCAUCGGACUCAGCUGGAUCAAGGAGCUCGAAAAUGGCCGCUACUUCAAAGAGGAGUACAUUGCCCACAUCGAGCUUCGCACCGAGGACCUUGUAUCGAUCGUGACGGAUGCUCGGGUGCUGAUGGUCCGAAUCAAGCGUCUCAAGGUCGAAUGGGAGAUUCCCUUCGAAGACCUCCAGCUGGUCCGCGUCGAGGGCAAUUCGGUUUCGUUGAUCAAGGCCGCUCGCCAAGGACAGGCGAGCUCUCGGAUUGUGCCAUGCUCGGAUCCCGCGAGUGCCCAGUGGUAUUGCAAGCGCAUCGAGGACGCAUUUGCAGUCCACAUCGACCUCAACCGGCCCUUGGAUUGAAGCCACAAGCGUCCUGGGCGUGCCCGGAGGGUCCUCAUGGGAUGGCGAGCCAUGAGCGCGAGGCGGUUGCUGAGCCGAAUAGAGUCAUGGCCAUCACAGA